AUGUCCUUCAUGAAAACUCUGGGAAUGACGCAGCUGUCACGGCUUAAGGACGUGGCCAUAGGUGCAGGAGGUGGCUCAUCGUUGGGAGCCUUUCUUGCGUGGGUGGCCAAGGACUACUUUCUCUCGAACGCUGCGCAGCCUGAGAGCUGGGAGAGCGAGGUGGUGUCUCUGCGAGAGCGCGUGGCUGUGCUCGAGGCUGAGAAAGAGUUUGAGGUGGUUGCUGGUGAGCCCGGACCUAGCUCAGCGGCCCCAACCACUGGAUACCCUGCUGUGCGAGUUGAGGAGGCUGUGCCAGAAUUGCCAGAAGAGGGUGAGAUAGACGGUGAGCCAUUUGACCUCGCCGCCUACACAGUUUUGCAGCAAGGCGGGGUAGACCCAGAAUACCCAAUUUUUCAAUUCUCCUUUUCAGAUCGUGGUGGUUCACCACGCAGUUCCAGCAUCAUCUUGAUCGCUGUCCAUCAGAAACGUUUUUUGGUUGCAGUGCCCUUUGAUCUUUGGCAUCGCACUGCAUCUCGUCGACUCUUACCAGAAGGUGCUCUUGUGAAGCCCCUUUCUUUGGCAGUGAUUGCAGCAGACCCGGCUGACCGGACAGCCAUUUCUCCUGAAUCAGAGCUUAAGGUUUGGUUUGGCUUCGCCUCUGCCGAAGUCAUAGACAAGGUAGUGACCAUAGGGGACGAAGACGCCCCUGACUUCAAUUUUGGGACAAGUGAAGCACCAUGUCUGCCAGCUGCAAGUGCAUUGGAGCAGGCCGCAAAGACCCGCUUCAGCGUGCAAGUGGAGGAGGAGACCAUUCCAGCGGAAGUGUCCCGGCUGGUCAGCCAAAGCGAGCUCCAUCUUCUACCGGCCCGCUUCGCCACAGCAGCAGAACAGCUAGACGAGUCUGGUUUGGAAGACUUGGCCGCCCCUCCUGGAUUGGGAGUUCGCCCAAGAGCAAAGUGUCCUCAAACCAGAAGCGCAGCACAGGCAGCGACAAAGCUGGGGCUGGAUCCUACAGUGGUGGCCUCAGCCCUCCAAUCGGGAGUGCCCAUGGAUCAGCUGGAAGCUGUAAGCCAACUGGUUCGGGACAAGCCUACACGGCUGGAGGAUGUUCCCAGGAAAGCGGCCGCUGGAAAGAACGCAUUGUCAGAAAGCGAAGACGAACCAGCGGACUUGCUGGAAGAUCCAGCUCUUGCCGAAGGUAUGGACCCGGUUGCCGCAGCCCUCACUCAGCUGACCAAGAUAGUGGGAAAGUUGUCCACAGGAGGCAAGAAGAAAGAACCGACUUUGGAAGACCUCUUAGAAGGUGCUGGUUCGGCAAGCUCUUCAGCCGCAGACGGCAGUUUGAGCUUCUCCAGUCGACGCCAUGCCGUGGAGUUGGGGUGUGGCUGGAGCAUUGGACAGUCUCCGGAACGGCAAUGUGGACGAAUGCCGAGCUCAACUUUGUCUGAUGCUGGCUCAGGCAAGGAGAUUGCUUGGGCCUCCCUCAACAAACAGCAAGCUCGCCGUGGCUUCCAGUGGAUGUUGGAGUGCCUGGGUGGGCAUCAGUUUCGUCACUUCUCUCUUUCCGCUGAGAAGGUCCGAUCCAACAAAGCACGUGCCCCUCAAGGAGAAGUCAUCAUCAGCAACGGUGAGAGUGACAAGGAGAACUUGAAGCAGAUGCGCUGGAUCCAUCGCCACAUCCAAAAAGAAGGUUCUCCGAUCCAUGGUUGGAACGAGAAGUUGGUUCAGAGAGCUCUUGAUUGUCUUGCUAAUGACGGAUGUCUGGCCAAAUUGUCUGACAGAUAUGAUUUGACCAUCCAAGCCAUUCAGCCAGAAAUCUUGACCAUCUUGGAAGAUCUCUUGCCUCAUCUUCGUGGACAUUCCCUGUCAGCCCCGGAGUUUGAUUUCUUUCGUGGCAUCUUCUUCGACAAGGCCACGCCUGCAAUUUUUGACGAUGGUGAAAUCGGUAAUGAGACCAUCAAAAAGAAAAAGGCGUUCUCAGAUGUGGGAGAUUCUGAGACCAUCCUGAAAGAAAGGUGGACGGCAGCGAAGUUCGUGAUGCAUCAGCUUCGCAUCGUCGUAGACAACCAGUACAACCCAGAGGGUCAAGAAGGCGAUGUUGAUGGUGUUUUCAGCAGAAGUCUCCCAUGA